GCUUCUGGGCGGGGCCAAGGGAAACCCCAGGAACUAUCUCAGGAAAUUAGGGACUCCACGUGGGAAACUCAAAGAGAAAGGCUGCAGGUUUCUCGCAGACAGGGACCUUCCGUGACUCAGACCCCAGUGGAAAACUCUGUUCCACGCAACCAAUUCACUCUCGUCCCGAACAAAAUCCUUAAUUUUAGCCAUGGGAAAAUAUGAGAGUAGAAGGUUGUGACCCCGGCUUCCUCUUUAAAAGCCUUCGGAACCUGGACUGGGCUCCUCAGCGAGCCCUAGUGUUUGAAGGCACCGCCCAAGUCGGGGAUCGAGGUCGGAGAGCGGCUGUUGAGGAUGCAUCGCUGCUCAGGGUGCAUCAGCGUUCACCUGCUCUUGGUUUAGAGAGAGGAACCUUCCUGACUGUCUUCGAGGACUACGGCUCUUGGUGGCAAUGAGACCAAGUUUUGCCCUCCUGUUGGCAGCUCUGGCCCGCUGCCUGCUUCCUGCUGGGGGCUGUGUCACGUGUAGCCCCUUGAUCGAACAGGCACUAAAGUCCUUGAAAGAAGAUUACCUGCCUGGCCACCUGGAUGUCCAGCAUCACCAAAAUGUGAUGGAAAGGGUGGAAAAGGCCAUAAACGAUUUCAAGGACUUGCCACUUGAUGCGAAUUCCUUUAUGGGGGCCGUUGAUGAAGCCACACUGAACAAGGCAUCCUGGAGUUUGCUGAAGGAUCUGAACCGAAUCACCGACAGUGAUGUAAAAGGUGAGCUCUUCGUGAAGGAGCUAUUCUGGAUGUUGCACCUGCAAAAGGAAACUUUUGCCAAUUUUGCUGCUCAAUUCCAAAAAGAGGCUUAUUGUCCCAACAAAUGUGGUACGAUGUAUCAGACUCUGAUCUGGUGCAGCAACUGCGAAAAGCAGAUUCAUGCUUGUCGGAAGUCCUCCAACUGCGGAGAGCGCGAAGUGGUGGUCCAUCAAAUGGAAGACAUGAUCCUGGACUGUGAGUUGAGCUGGCAUAAAGCCUCAGAAGGCCUCACCUCUUACAAAUUUUACAGGGUUUGGGCAAACAACACUGAGGAUCUGGUGACCACGGGAUCAGCGUCCACCCUGACCAAGCCCAUGGUGGAUGCAAAGGAUGCAGGUCGUUACCGCUGCGAGCUGGGCUCGGUGAAUUCCAGCCCAGCCACCAUCAUGUAUUUUAAUGUCACAGUGUUGCCCAAACGGGGUGAGGAGGAGGAAUCGUCACCAAACGCUGUAACCCAGGGCAAGGAAGAUAGACUGUUAUCAAACAAUGUAACCCAGGGCAAGGAGGAGACACCGCCACCAAACACUUCACCCUCAGAUUGGUACGACAUACCAGCGUUCAACACACCUCUCCCGGUCGAGAAGACGCUGAAAGUCCGCCUUGCAGGGCUGCUGCUCUGGGCCUCGCUAGUGCUCCUAGUCAGCCUCCUCUUCAUCAUACUGUGUCAAGAGAAGGUGAUAAAUUUCAUAAAGUCACUGUUCCGCUUUGGCAAAAGACCUGCUGAGCACCCUCGGGUUCCAAAGGAAAAGGGCAAAGACUGAAGGAGCCAAUAAAGAUUUAUCUUGUUGUCUAAG